AUGGAGAAUCACGAUGCUGCAGACAACCAGCAUCAUUCUGUUCCUGCACCAGUAGAGAGAGCCUGGAUCCCAUUUCCCAAGACCGCCAAACCCCUCACCUUCGACUACGGCGCUCAUACAUACGAGAUCCUUCCAGCUCCAAAUUUCCACGAGCACUAUACCCUCGCGUUUGUCGACAAGACAGAGACCGCGGAGAACGAUCAAGCUCGCGAUCCAGCGACCGAAGCUGCUGAAGCCGGCAGCAUGUCUGAGCCUCGCGUGCGCUUGACUCGGCACCAUGCCCAGCUGAACUUUGGCAAUGAGCUUCGUCAGCUUCUCCGUGGAUUUGGCGACACCGCCCCUCACCCUGACUUCCCCCAAGAGCCCAACCCGGAGACUGUCCGCGUCCUCGAUGAAAUCGUCACCGAUUUCAUCAUCGAAACCUGCCACGCCGCAGCCCAGGUUGCAGCUCACGCCGGACGCCAGAAGGUUAAAGUCGAUGAUUUCAUGUUCGUCAUUCGUCGCGACGCCACCAAGUUGGGCCGUGUCCAGGAACUCUUCCAGCUCGAGAAGGAAUUGAAGGAGGCGCGCAAAGCUUUUGAUCAGAAUGACGACCGUGUGGGCAAAGAUGCCGGUGCUGCCAAGGGACUUGGGGAGCUCGCUGGCUCCGAAGGUGGGGUGGCAGAAACUACGGUGGAUGGCACCGAUGCCGCUCCUAAGAAAAAGGGCAAGGGGAAAAGGCGCGCUGCUGGUGCGGAGGCCGCUGCUUCGGAGAGUGGUACGGGCAAGAAGCGCAAGGCUUCCACCAAGGCGGAGUCUACUGCUUGA